AUGGCAGACAGCAGCGGAAGCAAUAGUCCCAGUGGCACCAAGAAGCGCUACCCAUGCACUCAUCCCGGCUGCGACAAGACCUUCUCCACUAGUGGCCACGCAGCGCGUCACAACCGCAUCCAUACAGGUCAGAAGCCUUACCGAUGCAUGUUUCCCGGAUGCAAAGCGACUUUCUCUCGUCAAGACAAUGCACUGGCUCAC